AUGUGCCAUCUCGUGGCGGUCCUUGCCUUCCUGGGUGUCGCCGCGACACUCGUAACCGCGGUUGAGACAAGUUCGGCGUACAGCAGAAGCACUAUAUCUACGUGUCAAGGAAUUGCUAAUGCGGUAUCCUCCGCAUCAUCCGUUUAUUAUCCUGGAACCUCGGAGGACGUAGGAAUAAUUCUCCAAAUCCUAGGAGAAAACCGGACGCCAUUUGCAAUCAAGGGCGGCGGCCAUAUCAUGAACCCUGGGUUCUCGUCUACGACGGGGGUGCAGAUCUCCAUGAGCAGAUUUAGACAUGUCGAUUACGACCCAUCUAGUCAAACGGCCACGAUCGGUGCUGGUCUCGUCUGGGAUGACGUGUAUUCGGCACUUGAUCGAUACAAUGUCAACGUGGUGGGCGGUAGAAACAGCGGCGUCGGCGUCGCGGGCCUGGCGCUCGGCGGAGGCUACUCCUGGCUAACAAAUCAGUACGGCCUGGUACUUGACACCAUACAGAUGUUCCAGCUAGUGCUACCGGAUGGGUCUGUGACAAACGUGACUCAGUCGUCAGACCCCGACCUGUUCUUCGGAUUGAAGGGUGGAUACAACAACUUUGGCGUCGUUACAGCAUUCACCCUUCAGACACAUCCCCAGGGUCAGGUUUGGGGUGGCACUAUAAUCUACCCGAACAGCAGUAUAAAAGAUGUCAGCGCCGCGACGGUAGCAUUCACCACGAAUGUUACCGACCCAAAGGCCGCCAUCAUUACGUACUAUGGCUAUGAUGAGGGAAACGCGAGUUUCAUCAUCGCGUCUGUUGACAUAUUCUACGAUGCCCCCACUCCCCCAGACAGAAUAUUUGACGACUUUCUGGCGAUUCCAUCUCUGGAGAGUAACGUACAAACACGUUCCUUCCUAUCGCUAGUCCAAGCUGUGACAACUGCGAUGCCGGCGACCUUUCGCGGAUAUUUCGACACAGUUCCCCUGGCGGAUGUGACGUCCGACUUCUUGGAUGCCGUAGUCGCUGAAUCCGAAUACUGGAGUAAACAACUCGUCUCCGAUUCGGAACUUCUGAUUGUUUACGGCAUCGAGCCAUUCCUACCAGACAUUCUCACUCACGGAGGCCCAUCCGCCUAUCCAUGGACCCGUGCGCAGCGCUACCAACCGACAAAUGUCAUAUUUAUCUGGUCAAAUCCCGCCUACGACGACGACUUUGCGAAUGCGGCCAUACAAACUACCGCACGGCUGAAGUCCGCUGCUGCGCAGGGGGCGAAUGUCGACGAUGCUGGCAUACCAUCAUAUCCUAACUAUGCUUUUGAGACCACGCCUGUGUCUCAGAUAUGGGGUAGUGCUUUGCCGACGCUCACAUACCUGAAGCAGGUGUAUGACCCGGACAAUGUGAUGAGUCUCGCAGGUGGAUGGAAGGUCCCUACCUGA